UCCGGGCUUGCAGGAUUCCUGGGACGUGUAGUUCGCCCCCGGAAUAGCGGAAAUCCUGCCGGGUUUUACCUUCUCCCCCUCAUUCAUGCACUUAGCAGUUACCGCUUUCAGGGCAGAGACUCCUACCACAGAGACCCCAGGGAGGGGCGCGCGGGUCUGGAGGCGCCGCUCAGAGCGAUCAGAACAAAAACUUGUGGCCACAGCCCCGCGCGCAGAGGGCAGGUGUGCACCGCGAUGAAGGGAAGCCGCCGCCAGUGAGGCUGAUGACCGCUCGCCGGGCGCCGCGGGGCUGGGCGCUGACCCCACGCGCUCCGAUGGGAUGAGCGACGCCACCCGCACGGCACCCCGAGGCGCUCCUUCGGCCGCGCGCUGGUAGCAGCGAUCCGGACCGGUGCGGGGCUCCGGCCAGACCCGGCGGGGCAGGCCGGCCAGAGGACCCCCUCUUGCAGCUCUCAGGUUUCCAUAGAAAACUAUCAACAGUCAUCACAGUUGUUUUUCAAGUCAUAGAAAGAGUUGCGACUUCUUCUUGUAAGAGAACUUUCUAGAUCAUUCAAUGCCUAACGUUGCAGAAGCAGCAAGGGCAAGUGAUUCUGGAAAUGAUGAGCACAGAUCCGAGAGCAAGUCCCCUGAAGAGCAUCUGCCCAGUGCUCUACCUUCUUUCUGCUCUCGAGCCUCAGGAACACCCUUGGGUCCCAAAGGAGAUAGUCACUAUCCAUGGAGCUGCCCAGUGACCCACACUCGGGAGAAAAUUUACGCCAUCUGCUCCGACUAUGCCUUCCUCAACCAGGCCACCUCAAUCUACAAAACCCCCAAUUCUACCCACUCUUCCUGCCUCCCUGAUAAUACCUCUUUAUCUGCUGGAAAUAAUUCAUCGAGGUACAUCGGCAUCCCAGCCAGUACAUCGGAAAUCAUCUACAAUGAAGAAAAUAGCCUGGAAAACUUAUCCAAUAGCCUGGGCAAGCUACCUCUCGCGUGGGAAAUUGAUAAAUCUGAAUUUGAUGGCGUGUCCACGAACUUGAAACACAAAUCAGGCAAUGUGAAGAAACAAACUUCUAAGAAAAAAACUUCCGAUAAAAAAGGAAGACACUCAAGGGACUGGGUACAGUGCUCUCCAGCCGAUGACAUCAAGCAGCGGAAAGUCCUAGACCUUCGACGCUGGUACUGCAUAAGCCGGCCUCAGUAUAAGACGUCUUGUGGUAUCUCCUCAUUAAUUUCUUGUUGGAAUUUCUUAUAUAGCACAAUGGGAGCUGGAAAUCUUCCACCUAUUACCCAAGAAGAAGCUUUACAUAUUUUGGGCUUUCAACCCCCAUUUGAAGAUAUUAGGUUUGGCCCUUUCACUGGAAAUACAACACUUAUGAGGUGGUUUAGACAAAUUAAUGAUCACUUCCAUGUAAAAGGAUGCUCCUACGUUCUCUAUAAGCCUCAUGGAAAGAAUAAAACAGCCGGUGAAACUGCUUCGGGGGCUUUGUCGAAGUUGACCCAUGGACUGAAAGAUGAAUCGCUGGCUUUCAUCUACCAUUGCCAAAAUCAUUACUUCUGUCCGAUUGGCUUUGAAGCCACGCCCGUGAAGGCUAACAAAGCAUUCAGCAGAGGUCCCCUUUCUUCACAAGAAGUAGAAUAUUGGAUCUUAAUCGGAGAAUCCAGUAGAAAACACCCUGCUAUUCACUGUAAAAAAUGGGCAGAUAUCGUUACUGAUCUAAACACUCAAAACCCAGAAUAUCUAGAUAUCCGGCACUUGGAGAGGGGGCUGCAGUAUCGAAAAACAAAGAAGGUUGGGGGAAAUCUGCACUGCAUCAUAGCAUUCCAGAGACUGAGCUGGCAAAGAUUUGGUCUUUGGAACUUUCCAUUCGGAAGCAUCAGACAAGAUUCGCAACCUCCAGCACAUGGCCAUGGAAUGGCCAAGUCGGAGAGCGAAGACAACAUCUCCAAGAAGCACCACGGACGUCUGGGACGGUCUUUCAGUGCUAGUUUCCAUCAGGACUCGGCAUGGAAAAAGAUGUCCAGCAUCCAUGAGAGAAGGAACAGUGGGUACCAGGGGUACAGUGAUUACGACGGGAAUGACUGACCGGGCCGGCAGGGGGCCGCCUGCGUGACACAGCCGGUCCUGGAGGGCGCGAGGGAGGAGACCGCGCCGGUCCCUGUUACACUGGGACAGAUCGUGCCGUUGCAGACAUCACCUCGUCCUCCUCCAGUAAAAAGCGAGUAUGAGUGUGGUGGGGGUUUCAGGUAGAUAAGCAGAUAAGCACAGAUGACUGUCCUCUUAGGCUUAAAAGUGUUCAAAGUGUAUGUAGAUGUUCUGGAUCAUCUCAUGAAAUCCAAUAAAAGUGCAUCUAAACCAAGUAAAUAUACAUUCACUUAAUAGCAUCAUGAUUUGAAAUAGUUCAGCAUGAAAUGAUUUCUGAGGGCUCAGUCCCCAGACACUUUUUGCAUAGUUCAUUCUAAGCUAAAGAGAGAGAGGGUGCUCCCUGCCCCUAAACACCCACCUAUCUGGGGAUUAUCAAUUUCGAGUUUGCUCUCUGGGUUAAAUCUCAGCUCCAGUUACUUAGCGAGUCUAGCAAUUCCUUUACUCACAGCCCUCCCUUGCUGGCCUCAUUUCUUUCCUGCUUCACUUUCUCAGGAUUCUCAAUAAAGAGGCAAAGGAGACUCAAGAAGUGGGUCUCUUCUAUGGGUGCAAGUGGAUAAUGUGGUGCAUUGGUUCAGGAGAUCACUGGCUUUCUUCACUUGCUGUGUUUCUAUCAAAUAGUAGAAUGUUAGGUCUGGAGAGGCCUCUGCAAGUUUAGAAUAGACCUUGUUGUAGGACAGAAGAAAGAAUGAGUGGCUUGUAGUGUUUGCAGGCCUGAGGUGAUCCGUGAAAUGGGACCCCCUGAUCUGAUUGUGCCUCAGCCUGGAGUCAGGGGUUGAAGACGGCAGGGCAGAGGCACGAGACACCCUCUCCUUCAUGGGCAACUGUUGCCUGCCAACUGUGACAGCUUUCCUUUUUAGACCUCCAGACGGGGAGCUGUUUGAAGCGAGCUGAGCGUGUCGUUCACCAUGUGUGGGUUCCAUGCUCUUGACCUCCUGUGUAGCUGCUGUCACUUCCUCCUCUGCUGCCAACCAUGACUCACCAACUACUGGGAUCUCUUAUUCUUUCAUGUUAAGGGCUUGUUCCAGGACCCAGAGUGUAACAUGAUUAUUAAAAGGUGCUGGAUAUUUGGAAACCAUAUCACAAUGCGCCUCAAGGAGAGGGUUUUAUUUUUUAAAUGUUUUCAUUUUCUUCUCCUUUGAAUGUAUAGCCAUUAUCCAUUCAGACAUGCCUAGCCUACAGAAAGGGAGAUCUAUGAUGAAAUGGUGACUUUCCUGAAGAUGGUAUUUUGCUUGAAAUGCAAAGAACUGAAAGAUAUGUAGGUUGUUGGUUUUGUUUACUUCAUACUGGAACUUUUAAGAUGUUUUCAUCAAAUAAAGUUUUUGUUUUCUACUUUUA